AACAACAACAAUGGAUACAUACGAGACGCAAAUCUUCUGCUGCCUUGUAGCCAAUAGGAAACUUGUAAACAAACGACAGGUGCGCACUGCCUGUGUUUCUGUGGGGAUGCGCGACUGUGCACAAAGAGAAUAUAAAUCGAGGCCAUAUAACCAUAGAAAUAAUAGACGUUGGUGUUGGUUACAGGCUCUGCUGCUAGUUGUAUGAAAAUGGAUCCUGACCUCUGAAAAGUUUUUGAAUAAAGAUUGGAACAAUGGGGAGUGCAUCUUCAAAGUUCAAGAAGUAUCUCCAGCAUGGUGAUGAGUUUGCUGCAAUGCAGAUAUUUCAGGGCUCGCCCGACCUGCGCCGCAGCCUCGAUCCCAACAUCAGCUAUGGCGAGUCACACAACCUCAACACGGCACUGCACUACGCGGCCACCCACAGCAUGAAACAUCUGCUCAGGACGUUUCUCAAUGAUCUAGGCGGUAACCCAAACAAGCGUAACGGAGCCAACGAGACAUCUCUGCACUGCGCGUGCCGCAGCGGUCACCAGCGCUCGCUGUCUGCUCAGGAGAGGCGUGCCGCCUGCGUUCUGAUGCUGCUGCAGUGGCGCGGACCGCAACCCGACGGGCAGACUCAGCCGGAGAAACUGGACGUCGACGCCGUCGAUAAGGAGGGCAACACGGCACUCCAUCUGGCGGCUCAGUGCGGCCUGAAAAAGUGUGUCGAGAUGCUGGUAGCGCACGGCAGCUGCCUGUUUGUUGAGAACGCGGCCGGCCACACCCCGCUCGACCUCACUGUAACCAACCAGCACCACGUCAUUGCGCUGUUCCUCGAGAGCAAAAUGGUCUUUGCGGACCCCAGCGACAGCAUCAACGAGGCGGACGGCCUGCUGGAGUCGCCGGCCGCCGGUGGCGAGCCGCCGCCGGCCGACGAACCCUACUCGGGACUGCGUGCUCAGGACCUACAGGAGGCCAAAGAUCAGCUGCUGGUGGAGGCGGCAGAUAUGCUGCACGUGCCACUGUUCAUCGCUGACGCCCUGCUCCGAGACAAUGACUGGUCCAAGACUCAGCUACUGGAGCGCUGGAUCAACAGCCCGCUCGAGUGCUGCGAGUCGGCCGGCGUGCAGGCGCCUGCCUCGCUGGCCGGCGGGUCGGUGGUCUCACCGCUCGAUCAGAAACUGAUCUGCGCCGAUCAGCAGGACAGCGGAUUGAUCACGUGUGAUAUCUGCUGCGACGAGUAUCCUCCUGCCGAGACGCAGGCAAGCACGGCCUGCCAGCACCGGUUCUGCGUGCACUGCUGGGAGUCGUACCUGAGUGUGCGGAUCAGGGGCGGAGACGCCCACCAUAUUCUCUGUCCGGCACACGACUGCAACUUCCUGGUGCCGCUGGAGCUUAUCGAGAAGCUGGUCAGCCGUGAGAUGGCCAGCCGGUACCUGCAGUUCGACAUCAAGGCGUUCGUGGAGACAAACCGCACGAUCCAGUGGUGUCCGGCGGCCGGCUGUGGACGCGCCGUCUCCUUCCCUGAGGCAGAGAGGAGUCGCACCCGGCCGCGGCCUCAGCUAGGACCCGGCCGGCCGCCGCCACCCGUCAGCCACGCGGUCGACUGUGGUGUCGGGCACUUCUUCUGCUGGGAGUGUCUGGGCGAACCGCACCCUCCGGUCGACUGUGAACGCUGGGCCCAGUGGCAGCGUAAGGUGGCCGAGGUGCGCCCCGACCAGCUGCGCUCCACCUGGGUUGAAACAGAGGAGGCCGCCAACAGUCUGUGGCUGGUCACCAACUCCAAACCGUGCCCCAACUGCCGCAGCCCCAUACAGAAGAACGAGGGGUGCAAUCACAUGCGCUGCUCCAAGUGCAAGCACGACUUUUGCUGGAUGUGUCUGGAGGGCUGGAAGAAGCACAGCUCGGCGACGGGCGGCUACUUUCGCUGUAACAAGCUCGACUCCCAGACCAAGGUGGACGAGCGGCACGACGCCAAGAUGGCGGAGGCGCAGAUGCGUAAUAAGCAGAUGCAGGAGCUGGCUCGGUUCGUGCAGCUGUACGAGAAGCACCGGCUGCACUGGGACCGCCGGCUGGCCGAGCGGCCGCUGCUCGGGUCGGCCGCCGAGAAAAUGAAGACGCUGGCCAACUCGUCCACGGCCGCGCAGAAAGGUAUCGAACUGGAGGGACUGCGGUUCGUCGACCAAAGUCUGCGGGAGCUGCAGAAGGCGCGCCUCCUCCUCUCUGGCUCGUACGUCUACGCCUACUUCAUGGACGAGGUCAACAGCUACAGCAAGAACAUAUACGAGUUCAUGCAGUCGGAGCUGGAGCAGGCCACCGAGUCUCUGGCCACCGUGGCCGCACUGCCCUACCUCAAAACGCCAAUGUCUACCAUCGUCACCGCCACGCAGCUAGUCAGGAGAAAGCGUGACGAGUUUAUCCAGGCAUGUGAGCGCGGUCUGCUGCCGCCCGAGACGCCGUCGGGGGUGCGCGGACACUGGAGUCGACACAUGUCCGCCUCUUACGGCGCCGCCAGUCAGCUACCCCCUCACGUGGUGGCCACUCUGUCGGAGCUGGACCCGGCGUCUGCCUACUCCCGGGACAUGCAGACCAACCUGUCGGCCAUGUACGACUGGCCAGAUGUUGACUGGGAGGACGACGAGGAUGAGGAAGAGGACGCUCUCUCGGCGCUCGCGGCCCGGUUUCUCUCCCAGUGCCGCCGCCAGGGCUGCUGCCGGCCCCGCGCUCGGAACCCUCGCACGGGCGCCACGCACGAUUAUUGCUCACUGAAGUGUUCGCGGAUGGAUAUGUUGGGCGAUCUCAUGGACCAAGGCGGUAUGAUGCCGGGCGGCUACAACAUGGAGCUGCGGAUAGCGCUGGAGAUGUCUCAGCUCCAGCAGCUGGAGGAGCUGAACCGGCAGAGGAAGCGCAGCGUCUCGGAGAGCGGUGGCGCCACCUGGUGUGCCAGCUCGAGGGACGGCGCCGGCGCGUCGGCCGACCAGGCCACCACCUCCACAUCGGCACCCACCUCCUCCGGCUACCCGCCGGCGGAGGCUGCCGUCUGCUGCCCGCCCCAGUACUCCGACCAUCCCCGGGAGCGGGGCAGGCGCCGCUCUCUGCGUCCCGUACGCAGCGAGCCGGGAGCGCUGGGGGCGGACGGCACCGGGCGCGCGCCGCGGCGCUCCCAGUCGCUGGGCCAGCUGCGCUGUCAGGAGCCGGCCGACGCGGUGCUGUCGGAUAACUCGGGUGAGAGCGGCGGCGGCGACCCGGCCGACCGGGAGGUGUCUGCCAUCCUGUCCGGCCGCCCGGUACCCCCUCCGCUGCCGUCCGCCACGCGGGACACGGCCAGCCGUCUGUCAGGUCACCUGGCCGACGACGAGUCGGUCAGCUCGGCGUCAGACGGCCGCGGACGGAUGCACAUCGUCAUCCAGCGGCCGGCGCUCGAGACAGAGAGCUCGGCAGAGUGUGAGAGCGAGACGGGCAUCCCUCGCUCGCCGACACUCUACAUCAGCGGUGUGUCCAUCAGUAGGAGCCCGGAGGCAGCGGCGGCCGCGGCCGGGCCGGCGCGCGACUGCCGGAGCCCGAGCGGCGCGCUGGCGGCGCCGACUGUGACGCGCGGCCGCUCGCUGAGCCUGGUGCCGGAGCCGGCGGGCGGCGAGGAGACGUCGCCGCCGACACCGCCUCCUGCGCCGAUCGUGUCGCCGCUGCCCGUCGGCGGCGGCGCACUGUCGCCGUCGGCAGCCGGCCGACCGUCGCGCUGCUCCACACUGAGUCUGCACCUGGUGAGGGUCGUCUCCCCGCCGCCUCCGCAGGCUGAGCUCCGCGCCAGCAAGUCGGCCUCUGACGCCGAGAAGCGGCGAGACGUGUUCCGGUUCCCCGUGUCGCCCUCUGAGGGUCAGCUCUCGUGCGUGCUGCACGUACAGGAGAGCACUCUAAGCUCCGACGACUUCCACGAGGCGCUCUUCCUCGAGAAGUCGCCCAAGGGCCGACGCAAGCGCUCAAAGCGCGAUCGGGUGCGCGACCGACGGCCGGGGGUGUGAGCUUGACGUGAGCGCCGGUGUGAGCACAGGUUAGUGCCGGGGAUCUAAGGACGCGAGCGGGACGUGGAAUCGCUCAGCCAGUCUCGGGCCGCCUCCGUACAAUCCCGGGCUGAAUGAGUGUUCUGGUGAGAUCUCUGGCGGCCGAUCCGCAUGCUCCGUGUUCUGCCCUGCAAGCACCGUUUCUUUGAAGUCGCCUUGUGAUAUUUACUACAGCUUCCAGAGGCAUUGAGGGUUGUUCGUUCACUCUCUUUCGGUUGUGUGAUAUCUGUAAGUCAACGCUUGUUUUGCUGAUAAUCAUAGUACCGUGCAUGCGAUGUUUUAUAGUUUAAACGGUUGUUUAUUAUUAAGACAUUUUUUAAGGUUAUUUACUCUUUGUAAACUGCCACUUUCAACGGCACACGCAGCCAGUUUCUGAUCAGUCACUCGGUGACUGAAAUGGCAUCUCGAAAGCGCUUAUUGAUAUCCUUGUUUGCUUGCCGUGCUAGAUUUAUAAUGUGAUAUUUAAUCAUUCUUGUGCUAAGGAUUAUGUAUUGAACAGUUGCGCAUUUGGCGUUAAACGCCGAGUGGGCGUUAAAUCUACGGCGUUGCGCGCCGCGACUGAGGGGUGUCAUGUGUGGGAAAGCUGCCACUAUGUGAAGAACCAGGGUAUGUCUGCCAGGCGUGUUAUCAGUUAACUCUAGACGACUGCCCAACCAACCACUGCGCGCAAUGUGACGUCUGUUCGGGUAUCCAGGGCGGCCGUCGUGGACGGCUGCCCGGCGCACUGCCGCUACCCCGCUAGUCGUGCCCUGCUCAGAGCGCCGCCCGCCCCUGUCUGGUCGCUGUCCGGCCGCUGCUCGCUGCGGCCGCGUCUGUCCACAGCUAUCGAUGGACGCUCUAUUUUUCUACCGACCCGCGUGUGACCGCCUGCCGCUGUUGUCUGUCUGUGUGCCUGUAUGUGUCUGUGUCCGGGAGGGGCCUCAGCCGUCUGCGUCCCCCUGUCGCUGCCCUGGGUGUCCGUGGAGACGCCCAGUUCGAGGCUUCACCCCGCUGUGUCCGCCCCAGUGGCGGAGUUUUGUACAUUUGUACCGGGAGCUGCGGCCGGCGCGGAGCCGACUGCUCAGCAGGGCGGGCUGCCGCAGCUUUAUACAGUUUCGGACGGGUGGUUUGCCACCCCUCUCCAUGUUCACGAGGACGUGUAGUAGCGGCGUUGUGGCUUAUCCUGGUUCAUAGGUAGCUGCAGUGAUGGGACACGCACACGGUGCAUGAAAGUCACCUAAGGGUCAGCGGAAUUUGUGAGACGGGAUUAUUUGCUUCUUUCUGUUUUCGUGACAGUAUCUCAUAACUGCGGUGUGGUCUGUGCUGGGUUCGCCGAAACAUUGAAAGUGCUUUCGUUUUCA